AUGGGAGGACGUCAGCGGCGGGAGGACGGGCCGGCCCCCGGCGCAGUCCCGAACCGUCCCCGCGCGCCUGGCCAGCAGCAGCGGCGCCCAGCUGGACCCGAUCGGCUCUGCCGAGUGACGGCGCCACAGGCCGCAGCGGCUGCCGCGCGCCCCCGCCCCGCGCGCCCCUCCCUGGCCGCGCGCGCUCCGCCACCGCCCGCGGCCUCCACGCGCCGGCGCGCGCAGCGCCCCGCCCCGCCCCCCGCCGCCGUUCCGGGAGAGGGCCGGGCCGCGCGGGGCCGCCGCGAGCGCAUCCGGAGGCGUCUGGGUGCUGAGGCUCGGCGGGACGGCCGUCGUGAGGUUCGCCUUCAGCUCCACCAGGCGUCGCGGCGCUCGGCAGACGGAUGUUGCCCGCCCCGCUUCGCCAGCUUCAGCCCUCGAUUCCAUCCGGCUGUGGUGCCGGCUCCCUCUGGGGAGCGCUGACUCGGAAAGGCCACGAUCCCGGUGCGGGCGUCCGCAAUGCGAGGGGCCAAGCACACGGACAUCCUGCUGGCACAGAAUCAAAUGUUUAACGGUGAAUGAAGGCGAAACCACCACCAUGGGCUCGGAAUCGUUCCACUCAGGUCAUCACAAGUCAUUCCAGAGCUGUCUCUGACGGUUGAUGUCCUGAAAGCCACGUGCCAAUUGACCAAUGGUGGCAAGGCUAGAUGUAGGUCCCAGGACAAUACUGUGCCAUGAAUCAAAUACGAGAUCACAGUUAUUCUUGACUUAAAUGUAGAAUUUGCUUUCAAUAAAUUCUAAUAGCUAGGUGGGUUUGCACAGAAGAAGUAAUCGGUGACUGUGAUUUAGAGUCUCAACCUCCAUGUCUCACAAGGUACAAACUUGGGGUUCUAGAAAACACAGUUUUUAUUAGAAGAUCUCUGAACUCUCAAUCCAGGAAGUUACUUCAGAGAUAGCUAAUUCUGCUUACAUUACUGGAAUGGGAUUUCCAGCACCAACAAGCAACAAAGGUUGAGACAAUGAAGGAACUUAAACACCUCGUGACAAUUACCUCUGGGAGCUGGCAUGUCUGGACUCUUGGAACCCUAGUCUAUUUGACUGACCUACAAAGUGCACCCUGUAUUUUUCAGAUUCCCAGCAACCAGGACAAAGAGAGGAGCAGCAAAGAGACUUGGCUUGUGGCCUGACCAUAUCCUACGAUAAGCCUCUGUCCAGAAAGAAGUGCGAAAAAAAUAAGCAAACAAACACUCUAGGUAAGAAGGUCACUCUUGAUUCCACACUGUUAGUGACUUGAGGAACAGGGUACAAGGUACAUAUCUGGUCUGGGUUUCAGGACAGGACUUUGAUCUCUUGGAGGAACACUGCCAUAGAGAAACUAAUUUUCAAAUGGGAACCUAGUUGAUAAAGAAC